CUGGAUAUCUGCAUCAAUGAAGGAUUGAAUGCGGAAAGGAAAUUGAAUGCACAAUCGCAACGCAUACACUUGUGAAUUGAGUUAAAUUUCAGUGAAAAUUUCGAUCGACAAACUAACAAAAUAUAUUAUAGCACUUAAUGCACGCGAAUAAAAUUGAUAGCGCUUAUCAAUUGUCGCUACCCCUUUAAUUGCUCAAUAGACAAUCGGUAUUUGUGGUUGGAGCCAGAAAUAUUAAAUUUGACUGCGUGGCUCUAAAGUGCGUCGUGUAUGUGUGUGCGUGUGUUUGUGUGUGGGCGUAGCAGAAACUGAAGGCGUCGCGUGUCCAAUUGGAGUAAAUGUGGCCAAUCGCGUGCAUUUAACCAAAUUAUACGUGUCCUCUAUUUCCAGUAACCAGUAGUAAUAUGUACAGUUACGGCUGCUUAGCGCUCCUGCUGCUCGCGGCAGCGACACUCGCCCAGGCCAGCGAGGAUAACGAGUCCUGCUACUCAUUUGCCGGUGGCUCAGUGUAUCCCGCCGGCGAGAACAAGGGCGAUCACCAAUUGCAGUACACAAAGGCAGUCAUUUCCAAACCCGCGCCACCAUUCGAGGCCACCGCUGUGGUCAACAAGGAGAUUGUACAGCUCUCACUCUCGCAAUAUCUGGGCAAAUACGUUGUGCUGCUCUUCUAUCCGCUGGACUUCACAUUUGUGUGUCCCACGGAGAUAAUUGCCUUCUCCGAUCGCAUUGCCGAGUUCCGUAAGAUCAAGACUGAGGUGAUUGCUGCCAGCGUUGACUCGCACUUUACGCACUUGGCUUGGAUCAAUACGCCCCGGAAGGAGGGCGGCUUGGGCAAUGUCAAGAUACCCUUGCUCUCCGAUUUGACGCAUAAAAUCAGCAAGGACUAUGGUGUCUAUCUGGAGGAGAGUGGUCAUGCGCUCCGCGGUCUCUUUAUUAUUGAUCAGCGUGGCGUGCUGCGGCAGAUAACAAUGAAUGACCUACCCGUGGGUCGCUCCGUGGAUGAGACAUUACGUUUGGUGCAGGCCUUCCAGUACACUGAUACGCAUGGCGAGGUCUGCCCCGCCGGUUGGAAACCAGGCGCCGAUACAAUUGUGCCCAAUCCGGAGGAGAAAACAAAGUACUUUGCUAAAAACAAUUGAACAAUUACCUCCAUAAAUAACAUUCCCAGCCCACCCAGUUUGGCUAGCAAAACAUUACAUUACCAAUUCAAAUCUUAGCAACAGAACUGAAAGAGUUACAAUUAUGUAGUAUUCACAUUUUUCAAAUUUGCACGACCGCUUGUAUAUAUGCAAAAUUGAAAUGAUGAAGGUUCCAAGUGUGUAAAAUGCAACGUUUUAUUAUACAUGUAUAUAAACAUCAA